AUGGACACGGAAUUUCACAUGCACGCUGUGUGGCUUGGAAAGAAUGCCAAGUUUACCGAUCCAAGCUAUGGGUAUGCUGGUAUGGAUGAGGAACUCGAGUCGCUCGCCAAUGAGGAACACUUUAAAGUGAACGAGGGACCAAUCGUGGAGUUGAUCGUGAAAUCAAUCGUGGAAUCAGCCGUGGAAUCAACCGUGGAACUUAACGAGGAUUCAAAAGAGUAUUCAACCGAGGAUUCAAACAAGGAUGCAAAUGAGGAACCAAACGUGGAACCAAACGUGGAACCAAACUUGGAACCAUAUGUGGACAACAGCCGCGGCCCUAUGCUAAGUGCUCGCCAGAGAUGCGCUCAGCAUGGUUACGGGAGGGAAUCUGUGUGGCCACCAUUCGACCCUGGAAGGCCUCACGAAGAAUUCAAGGAAGAGAUGCGCAAACGUGGCGCCCUUGUUGGGCAAUGGUGGACCAAGUUAAACCACAUUGUGAGCGGCAAAGAGCUAGAGAUUCAGGAAGCCAUCCUCAAACUCACAGAUGGCGACACGACGGACGAAGAUGGGAACACUCUCACGAUUGAACAUUUCCUGGAGAGAAGUUGGGAGUUGGCCAGGGACACAUAUAACGACGAAAUGCCAGAGCCUCGUAACAUAGAAAGCGACUUCUACCUGGACCCCAAUGGUAACAUUACGAUGACCCGUUCGAACGACCUCGAUACCUUCGCUUUAGACUUUAGCGCUGCAGGCCAAGAGAGGGAAAGGACUACAAAGAAAGACCGAUUUUAUCCACUCUACCGACAUGGAGGGAACUACAGGGACUUGAGGCCUGAAUUCGACGAAGCUAUGCUGUCUGACGACAAAUUUCAGACGCUGAAGAAACCUAGACCGAAACCAGGACCGACACAGACAAAUGCCUACACGUUCAACCAAGACGUCGAGGGGAUCCAACGGAAGCAGAGAGCUAGCCUCUUGGUGCCGCAUAUCAAUCUGGAGGAUCUAACAAAUCCACUGUACCUCCUCAAGUUUAUAUACUACCGGGCUCGAUUCUUCCCCAAGGCCUUUGUUAAGCGUGAUAGCAACCGCACGUAUUUGGGAAAGACAACCCGGUUGUUGUGUGGUGCCUGCGAUCCUCACUGUUUUGUCCAUUUCGAAGACUUUGGCCCUACACCAGAAGUCGAAACCCCACCGACUUUUCAACCCGUACUCAUGUACAAGAAAGAGUAUGCUGAAAUGGUCGCAUUCAAUGACAGGAAGAAACUGUAUCGCCUGCAAAGUUCCGGGAUGUUGUAUGGUAGUAUGGAAGCGUGGCUUCUCAUGCAAACUCAGGUCAUCACAUACCUCUUCUUGACCAAAUUCUGCCAACAAAUGCUUAAUUUAGCAAAAGAAAAGGAAGUCGACCCUUACAGUAGCCUCAGCGCAGAUGAACGAUUAAAAAUCAAGACGAUGGCAAAACGGGGGAUUGACUACUUGCAGGCAGAGCACUACCCCGAAACCUGGCAAGACGUGGACUCAACAAGACAAUAUGAAUUGGAUUCCGAAGGUAUCGAGUUCAAAAGAUAUAUCGGCAUACUUGCGACAAAGAAACUCGAUGCCGAGGAGCACAUCAGUAGAUUGUUUGACGAACCAGAUUAUUUCGUCAAUCUUAUCAUGGAGCAAAAAGAGCGCCACUGGACCAACAUCCGUAACGAAUACGGUUCAGAAGAUCGAGGGCACCAUAUAAGGUUAUAUGAAACGGAUGCCGUUCGUCACGAUCUGUAUCUCGAUUGCACGCGGAACGUACUUCGAAGGGCCUUCUUCGAAUUCUUUAUUUGGAAUACGAUCUCUGAAGCUUUGCAUGAUCUUGAAAGCUUUUAUUUGAAGGUCAUCAAUGAGGCGGCACCGGCAAACUCUGGAAAUGCAUCCACUGGCAACGCAAACCCAAGUUUAUUGAUGCCUUGCGGUGGACCGCUGGGUACAGAUCAGUGGGACAAGCGACAUAGGGAAGUGCAGAUAUUGGUGCGACACGCGGCUGCUUUCUUCGUUUUCGAAUUUCGCAAGAGAGCGAUUCAUGCGGCUUCACAGUCUACCCGUGAUAUUUGGCACAUCAAUGCUUUUGGCGGGCCUAAUACCAAGUACUUGAAUAAAGUUCAUGAGUAUUACGACAGCCAAGAUAUUCCCCUCAAGAUUCGGGACCAGACAAUGAAGAGCGAGCGGCUUCAACCUUCUCGUAUGGUGGCUGAGCUCAUCGAAAACUUCAUCUCGAACAAGUCUUCUUCAAUGUACGUCGGGAUGCGAAAGACGACAUCCCGAAUACUGAGACACAUCGAGGAUUGUGAGGGCGAAGACGAAGAGGAGAAAACAUUCUCCGGUCUGAUCAAGACAACACUCAGUGGCUUGAACGUCCUCGCGGAUAUCGCAGAACACCUGUCAUUGAUCAAGCCUCAUAACUUGGGCAGGCGACGUAUGACUGACAAGUGGGAACUGGAGCACCGAAGAAUAUACUCUGACAUGCUAGAGAAGUACUCGUCUUACGACAUCCUUGCCCUUGGUGAUUGCUCACUACCUCAUAUGCCCGCUAAGCGGAGAGAGCGUGUAUAUCGCUUCCUUGAUGAGAUGCAGGGUUAUGGCAAGAAACCGGAGGAAAGUUUCGGUAAGGCAAAAACCGACAUCAAGCGUUUUGGCGCAUCUAUCCUGAAAACAUUGAUAGUACCGCUCAACGAGGGUAACGUAGAGCAUUGCUGCAACAAAUGGGGUAAACUCGAUCCAGAAGAUCCGAAAAAGCCGAAAAAGCCAGAAGAUAAAUUGAAACCCGUGUUUCAGGCCGAUGACAAGGUCCUAGAACGUCUGAGGACGCAUAUGGGUAUCAAUGAGAACGAUUGGGUCUUCAGCAACAACGAGCAGCCUGAAGAUGCGCAAGCCCAGGACUCGAAGGAGGAAAGAGAGGAAUCCAAAGAAAUCUGGUUGGAUCUGAGGAAGAUUUUGUCGAAACGCCAGAAAGAAUACAAGAAUGCCUGGAAGAAGAAGUUGCAAGGAAAGCAGUAUGUCCAGACAGAUCAGUUUGACUUCAUAGCAGAUGAAGUUUCCAGGUUCAAAGCUAUAGACUCCAUCCGGAAACAUCGAUAUGAAAAGGGCCAACAGAAGAGGAGGGAAAAACGUCGACAAAGGCUGCAAAGGGAAAAACAGCUCAACUCUGAGCCGGGCUAUGUAGACAUGCGAGAUGCCCCUUUGCAACAAGCCGCCGCGACAGCUCCCACAGAAAAGAACACAGGAGACCUCGGACUUGACGAGGACACUGAAAUGCCGGCAACUGGCACAGAAGAUCUUGGCGCCGGCGAGAACCCUGUGUUGCCAGCGACUGGCACAGGAGACCUUGAAGCCGUUGAGGAUCUUGUAUUGCCAGCGAUUGGUGAGCUUCAACUCGAACCUCAACCUCAACCCGUACAACAACAGCCACCUGAUCAAACUCCGCCAGCUCAACCGCAGUCACCCUUGGUUGCACCGGAUGGAAGGCCAAAGGGAAUACUUAACAACCACUGUUGGGAUGCAUGGAGGCGAGUCCUCGUGGGAGACAUCAGAUACACGACGAGAACAGGCCAAAGGGGAAAACAGAAGCUACCGGAUAUUCGAUGGCAGGCGAUGGAAGACGCAAUCAAAGCAAUCGGCUUCAACGUUUUACCUGGCGGUGGGUCGCAUCAUCGUUACAUUCAUACAGCCGGUUGUCGAUGGCCGGAGUCUGUGGCGAGCGCCUUUGUAAUUAACCGUCCUCAUGGAAAAGGCGCCAAUCGUCCUAUUCCUGAUCGUCAGAUUGUCAAGUGGCGGGGAUUCUUGGCCCAUAGGAACCUCACCUUUGAUCUUGUGAAGGCCUGGUAUCGACAGAGGUGA